AGACUAUUGAAUAUUUCUCAGCUCUACCACCUCUUCCACUUCGGAACUUGACUACAGUACUCUGAGUAUUGCCUCCAGUAUUUUUCCUCCAUCAGUCCCCAAUAUCACAUUUCUCCUCUAUGGAACCAAAUUCCAAUCUGGACCAGGGAAGCAUUUGGAUUCACAAAGAAGAAUGAUGGGGAAUUCUGGAUGAAGUUCGAUGACUUCUGUAAAAGGUUUACAACUGUUACAAUUUUGACUCUGGGACCUGACUUUGAUGGUGAUGGAGGUGCAGAUGCUGGAAGCUUGCAGGAGGUAAAGGGUCGGUGGGUGACUGGAAUUAAUGCAGGUGGAUGCAGAAAUAAUAUAAAGAAGUAUAGCUGCAAUCCUCAGUAUCCCAUCACUAUCAUUGCCCCAGAAGCAGAUACUCUUUCAAGCAGCGAAGACGACCAUGUAGAUGAGGCAUGUUCUGUUCUGAUAUCUUUAAUUCAGAAUUAUCGAAGGAUGGACAGGAAGCUUGGCAUCUCAAUGAAUCCUAUUGGAUUACAGAUCUACAAGUCUUUCAACCCACAAAUGGUUCUAACUGCAGAGCAUUUUACACAUCAUAGAACGGUUUCGGAUUCAGGAGCCUACGUGGCCCAGAGAAGCAUAAACCUCCGUAGUAAACUUGCACCAGGACACUAUGGAAUCAUUCCAAGUACCUUUACACCAGAUGCUGAUGGAGCAUUUAUGCUACGCAUAUUCACUGACAUUCCAAUUCAGUUUCAUCAGGGAUUCAACCUUGUAACAGAAGCAAUGGACUGAGCUUCUGUAAGAGCUAUGUGUUUUGACUAGCACACUGGUGACUGGAAGAGGAAGAUUCUGCUGAUUAGGUGAUAAAAAUCAACAAGGAGUUCAGUU